AUGCGACGGCCAUACAAAAUGGCGCUCUAUUUUGGUUUCUGAUCGAAAGCGGUGCGAUGAGCUGCGUAAACUUUCUUAAAAUGGGUUCAUUGUUCUUUUCUCUUUUUCAAUAGCCACAACCAGGGGUGUUUCUAGAACACUGUGAGCUACCAUUUAGCUUCCCCAAAGUAAUCAACCGCAAGGCAGCCACCCAGGAUGAGCGACGUGCUGGAUAUUCUGGACGUGGAGCGUCCAAACACCCCCGAAGUCAGCAAGGAGUCCAUCAUGGGCACCGACGCUCGGAAAAACAAGCUGCUGCAAAAGCGCAAGCUGAUAGAAGCGACGUUCAAGCGCCCCGAAGGCAUGCACCGAGAACUCUACGCCCUUCUGUUCUCCGACGCCAGGGACAACCCGCCACUGCUGCCUACGGACUCGAGUCAAGGCUACAAGCGCAAUAAGGCGAAGCUCGGCAUCCGGAGAGUGCGUCCGUGGCGUUGGAUGCCCUUUGCAAAUCCCGGCCGCAAGGACGGUGUGAUGCUAAGCCACUGGCGACGAGUUGCGGACGAGGGCAAGGAAUAUCCCUUCUCCAAGUUCAACAAGCAAGUGCACGUGCCGACGUAUUCGGAUGCGGAGUACCAGCAGCACCUGACGUGCGGCAAGUGGAGCCGGGCGGAGACAGACUACCUGCUGGAGAUGUGCCGGCAGUACGACCUGCGCUUCCUGGUGGUGCGGGACCGCUGGGACACGUCGCGCUUCUCCCUGCGCUCCCUCGAGGACCUCAAGGAGCGCUAUUAUGCCCUGUGCAACGCCCUGGCCCGGGCACGGGCACCCCCGGGCCAGGAGCUCAAGCUGAGGGCCUUCGACGCCGAGCACGAGCGCCGCCGCAAGGAGCAGCUCGUCAAGCUUUAUGACCGCACCAGCGAGCAGGUGGAGGAAGAGCAGACGCUGCUGGGAGAGUUGCGCAAGAUCGAGUUGCGCAAGAAGGAGCGGGAGAAGAAGACGCAGGACCUCCAGAAGCUGAUCACGGCGGCCGACAACAGCGCCGAGGCGCGCCGCGUCGAACGCAAGGGCCCCAAGAAGAAGCUGAGCGUGCAGAAGAGCAGCCGCAGUGGCGUCGAGACCGGAAUGGUGGAGUCUGCUGGAAUCCGGUUCCCGGACUUCAAGGCGUGCGGCGUGUCUCUGCGUAGCCACAGGAUGAAGCUGCCCGCAUCAGUUGGACAAAAAAAGACCAAGGCCAUCGAACAGCUUCUCCAGGAGCUCGGUGUUGAGCUGAACCCGACACCGGGAGAGGAUGUCUGCCAACACUUCAACGAGCUCCGCAGCGACAUGGUGCUCCUGUACGAGCUCAAGCUGGCGCUCGCCACGUGCGAGUACGAACUCCAAACGCUCCGUCACCAGUACGAGGUGUUGGCACCCGACAAGACCGCGUCCGUCCUGCCCUCCGUCCCGGCGGCGGGCAGCGCUGCCACGCCGGUGGCGACGGCGGGUUUGCCGGCAGCCGAGUUCCCCGCAGCGGCAGAGACGCCGGCAUCCUCGGUGCGCAGCGGCGCCACCGGGAUAUCGGAGCUCCUGGACGUCGGAGCGACGCCGACCACGCCCAACCGCAAGAGGAGGGCAGCCAUCGAGCAGAGCAACCUGCUCAAGAAGUUCAAGAAGGCCUAAACUGGCAGAGAAAUAAACGGAUCAUUUCCACAGU